AUGCUGAAUGUGGACAUCAGUAGGCAAGGACGAGUUAGAAAAGCAGAUUUUGAACGUGUCGCUGCUGUGACUAUCUGUUUUCAGAAACAUGACAAUGUCGAGGAUUUCAUUCCAUUUGAGCUUUUGCCUUCUGUAUGCAUUUUAAACCUGAAAGAUUGCUCCUUAACAGCUCCUGGAUACACGGGUUCACUUCUUGCCGAUGUAAAUGACAGGAUAAGAGCAGUUCCUACAAAUGGACCAGUUUUUUCAAUAAUCUAUAGCAUUUUGUGUGACAUAGAAAGAACAGUUCAGUGGUGGAAGAUGGUUACUUCUCCUUCUGUGGAUUCUAGUGCAGCUCGAUCAGCGAUACUAUCAAAGGGUUUUUCUCGAAUGGACACACAAAUAAUUAAGAAUUUAUCAAAUUUGGCUGAAAGAUGAAACUCAGUUGAAAAUAAAAGCUUUGAAAAUUUGUAAUCAAUUUAGGCAGUGAGAAGCAACUUAAUGCAAGUGGACGUUUUCAAGUUUUGAGUAAAACGCGUUUAAAGAUUAGCUCCUAGGUAGGCUUUUAUUGAAAAGUUUUUCUAAAUCAUGCUGUAUAACAGCACCUACCAGGACUACUAAUACAAUCUCUUGCCCCAAGACAUAGGAGAGGUUCACCUACCUUCUGUAC